AUGUCAAGUCAUACCUCAAAAAAAGAAAAACGAUUUCUUUUUACCUCAGAAUCUGUUGCUGAAGGACAUUCUGAUAAGAUGUGUGAUCAGAUAAGUGAUGCUGUUCUAGAUGCUCAUCUCAGUAUUGAUCCAGAUGCCAAGGUUGCCUGUGAGUGUGUAGCAAAAACUGGAAUGAUUUUGCUUUGUGGAGAGAUAACAUCCCGGGCUAUAGUAGAUUACCAACAAAUUGUAAGAGAGACCCUUAAGAGGAUAGGGUAUGAUGACUCUUCCAAAGGAUUGGACUAUAAGACUUGCACAGUUUUAGUGGCCUUAGAACAACAGUGUAAAGAGAUCAAGCAUGCCGUCUCCCAUGGCAAGAGUGAUGAUGACAUUGGAGCAGGGGAUCAGGGUUUGAUGUUUGGUUAUGCCAGUGAUGAAACCGAGGAAUGCAUGCCCUUAACAGUCCUUCUCGCACACAAGCUUACAGCAAGGAUAAAGGCUCUGGAACGGAAUGGAACAUGGCCCUGGGUUAGACCAGAUGGGAAAACACAGGUCACUAUGGAAUACAAGGACAGCAAUGGAGCAGUGGAACCCAUCCGAGUACACACAGUUGUGAUUUCAGUACAUCAUGCCCCAGACAUACCUCUACAACACAUACAGAAGGAGCUAAUGGAGAAAGUUGUUAAAGAAGUCAUUCCAGAGAAGUAUCUUGAUGAGCACACAAUUUAUCAUCUGCUUCCAAGUGAAAAGUUCGUAGAAGGUGGUCCUAAGAGUGAUGCUGGACUGACUGGCAGGAAGAUCAUUGUUGAUACCUACGGAGGCUGGGGAGCCCAUGGCGGAGGCGCUUUCUCUGGAAAAGACCCUUCCAAAGUUGAUCGUUCUGCAGCGUAUGCAGCUCGCUGGGUUGCAAAAUCUCUGGUAAAAGCUGGUCUCUGCAAAAGAGUAUUAAUCCAGCUAUCAUACGCUAUUGGUCUGAGUCAUCCUCUUGCGAUCUCAGUGUUUCAUUAUGGAACCUCAGACAGAUCUGAAGAAGAGCUGCUCGAGAUUGUACAGAAAAACUUUGAUCUACGCCUUGGAGCUAUCAUAAGGGAGCUGGAUUUGAAGAGGCCAAUCUAUCAAAAAACAGCUUGCUAUGGGCACUUUGGGAGAGAAGAAUUUACAUGGGAAAUACCCAAAAAGCUUGUGUAUUAAGCUUUUCAGAAUGCUUCAUUUAAUAGACAGGUGGUUUAACAAUCAGGUACAAUUCCAAGCUGUUCAUGAAAAGUCUGUAUCUACUCUUUUUUUAAAAUGACAUUGUGUAGCUAACAGAUGUACUAAAAAUUAAUUGUAUUUAAUUUCUAACUUUCACCAUGACCUCACUCUUUAAAUGCACGCAGCUCAGUCUAACAUACUUUUCAGCUCUGUCUUUGGUAACGUGAACAAUUUAGGCCUUUGGCUGCAAUCAGAUGUAAACUGCACAGAUAGUUGUUGAAGUCAGUACUGUCCUGCCAGAGAAACCUGUAUUGCUUACCCAGUUAACCUUGUGCUGAAGGAGGUGAGGUAACUUCCAACAGCUCCCUGUGACAGAAGAAAGAAAUAGUGCAAAUUGUCUUAAUUCUUUGGGCAGUGACCUCCAUGAAUACAGUUUUAGUUAUGGUCUUUCUGGUCAAAGCAAAUUAUUAAAAACACUACCUCUGAGGUGGUGUUAUGUGUUUGCUUUUAACAUUAUAGUUUUGUAGGUUUACCUCCGUGAAAGCU